AUGGCCGCAGAAUCCCCGCCCCCAUCAUCCUCCUAUCGCUGGCAGCCAUCCCGCCAGCCAUCCCGCGACCAGCCCGAUGUCCUCCUCGUCCUCCUCCCCCUCCUCAUCGUCCUCUCAACCUUCCUCUUCCUUCUCCUCACCUUCCUCAUAUGCGCCCUCAUAAUCCGUCGCAGGCGAGGGAUCAUCCUCAGAGACAACGAUGGCCCCGUUGAUAUGUCCCGGGAGGAGCUCAUCGAGGGUGACGGCGGUUUCGAGAACGUAGAGUCCCGCUGGCUCGAAGAAGUAGAUGACAACGUAAGACGAGCUUAUAUGCGCGCCAAAGAGUACCAGCUGCAGUAUCCACCAAACUCUCUUCCCACCGAUAUCACCCUCUCCCAGUUCCUCUCCAUACAGGAGAAGGGCGUCUCGGCCUGGUCUUUUGAACCAGACUACGAGACUGUAAACUCCCUUCUCGUUCAUGCUCGCACAGAAAUCACUUUCCUUCCCGACCCCGCAUCGUCGUCAUGUGUUCAGUCAAACCUUCCCUUGCCAAAACUAAACGAGGUAUAUUACUGGGAAGUCAAGAUGUUUGAUCUGCCAGAAACUACCAAUGUUGCCGUUGGCCUCGCCACAAAACCUUAUCCACCAUUUCGUCUGCCCGGUCUGAAUCGUUAUUCCGUUGCCUAUCAUUCCACAGGCGACAAGUCACACAACUACCCGUUUACAUCAGCCCCCUUCGGCCCACUGCUCAAGGAAGGUGAUGUACUCGGUGUUGGUUACCGCCCUAGGACGGGCACCGUUUUCUUCACUCGCAAUGGUCGCAAGACGGAGGACGCAUUCAUCGGCUUGAGUCGUUGGAACUUGUUUCCCACAAUAGGUGCCGACGGGCCUUGCAGCGUGCAUGUCAAUCUUGGCCAAGCUGGCUUUGUCUUCAUCGAAGCCAACGUCAAGAAAUGGGGUCUGGCUCCCAGCGUGGGUACACUCGCACCGCCUCCAGCCUAUGGCAGCGAACGUGGAAGCAUCCUGCUUGAUGUCGGAGGGCGUAUCAGAGCAAAUCCUGAUGCUGCGUCUUCGGGCUCAUCAUCACCUGGCUCUCCACACCGCCAUCGCUCUCGUAGAACCAGACAGGGACCAGCAGCUAUUUCGUCGCCUCUCCGGACAUCUAUCUUGGCCUCGGACCAACAUCCGCCGGAGACGCCACCUCCGCCUAUUACCCCAAUCGAUGAGGAGCAUGGCAGAGAGGAGGAAGAGGAUUCCGCUUCGGACGACCCUUCAGCACCCUUGCUAAAUAGUGCAGCCCGGAAUCGAGGUGCAUCACGUUCUCCUUCGCCUCCGACGACGUCCUCGAGAGCCCACGACGCAGUUCCGCGUCAGGAAUUGACGGCUAUCACUCCUGGGAGACGUCGUUCGGACAGUGCUAGCAGUGACACGAGCGCCAGUACCACGCCUACUGCUACCCCAACGGUGACUGAUCGGUUGUUACCGCCCAGUCCAUUGACGAGGCGUGAUCCCCCAGCGUAUUCGCCACUGGAUGCGUUCACCUAUGCCGACGGAGUGAGGAUUGAUCUCCCGGCCGAAGUUAUCGCGGCUGCCUUGGAAGGAGGGUCCGUCCCACCGAGUGCUGUUGGCCAGUCCAACACGUCAAGAUCCUCGGAUCGACGGAGGUCUAGAAGAAGAUAA